AUGUUAUUAAGUUUGUCGCCUGAGGGUCGUUCUGUCGAAGGCCAACACCCCUCUUCCGAGGUUUCCGCAUCCAACGACGCUGUUUCUCGUUCAGCGGCCGCUGCCGUCAAUUUUUUCGUAGCCAAGGAUCGUUUAUGUGAUGUGGUGCUGCUACCCACUGCCAAUAUUCUAAUCCGGAACCGCUCUGGAAUUCCACUUCCUCAGCCAGUUGAUUUGCUAAUUGGAGCUGGAUUAUUGUACGAGCUGCUUCAGUUUCCACUACUGGGCAUCCUGGACGACUUCAUUCUCGUAUCCGCACGUUUUCAGCUGCCCAAUCUCAAGGACUUCGACAUGUGGGGCAACCGAGUGGUACAGAAUUUGCUCUACUACGAAGCUAACUAUUCUCUGCUCUUCCUGGCCAUCUACGUCCUUAUGAUUGUCUGUCAACCGGCGAUCAUCAGUGGCCUGAUUGUCCAGGCCCUGAACAUCGCUGUGAUCUGGCAGUUCUUCAGUAGAAAGUCCAAGUUCAACUUCAUUGCUAGCCGUUUAACCGGCAGAAAUGCAUACUCCGCAGAGCAGAACGCCCAGCAGAAAUGGAAAAUCCUGACGGGUGCCCUUCUCGUAGGAUACCUCUUCCUGCACCUGAUUAUCGCUGUGCUGCUGACCGCCUUCACACCUCUGCUGCCCGUCUCGGUGACUUUUAUCCAUGCGUCUCUACGGCUCCGAAACAUGAAAUACGAAAACUUACCGCUAAUGAUGUGGCCCUUGGCGAGAGUAACAGAAUUGGUCGUCGGAGAUGACGGAGUGUGUCGGGUGGUUUUGCUGAGGACAGUGUCCGGAGCUACAAGGCUUGCAGUCAACAGAUUGUUCUUGUUUUCCCUUCAAGAUUUGGUUGAAAACUCAUCUUCCAAUGGGAGAGUAUGUCUGGUCAAUAAGGUAUUGAAAGAAACUCCCAUGACGUCACUCUCCGUCCACUCGCGCUCGCUCUCUCUUUCUCUAUUCGCGUCACCCGCUCCCGUGCAUUCGAUCGGGCAUCUGCAUCUGCCGUCAUACGUAAGAGUUGACUUGCGCUCUCACGGAAUCUUCCGGUCGCUCCGCAGCAUCAAGCGUUAAGUCGCGCCCCCGAGUUCUGACUUCUUCGUUCGGCCUUCAACCUUUCAAAACUACCACAAAUUUAUAAUCAACAAAAUAAUCAAGUUGAAAUAAAUUGCGCUUAUA